ACCCUUUUUUGCUUUUUGGUGGUUGGCUCCAGUUUUUUGUUCUGUUUGUUGGCUCUAAUCCGAAGCCCAACGAUCGACUUGCACUGACCCUCAUUAUCAACACUGUCAACAACCCUGCACGGUACGCUCUAGCUUUGUAACAGGCUAAAUGACAAGUCAAGAGCGACAAGAACAGCAGCGACAAGCAGCUGCCCACAUAGACCUCUGGGUUCUGAACGAAGAGGAACUCGAGGGGGCGUGGGCUCUAAAGAUUGCCGUGGAAGCAGAUGACGAAGUGGACAAUUUGUCUGAUUUCGAGUACGUGCAUCAGGCCAUCUUUGCCAGAGAGAACACCGAAGUGGCAUUGGCUCGGGUCCGUGGCUUGCAAGCGUUUCGGCAACAUUACAAGAUUCACGAUACCCCCGAGGAGGGUGUGGAAUUGGUGAAUGCUUUCAUGAACAAACAUCCCGGAUUUCUCUUAUCUGUCGAUAUCGAUGAAACCCAUGGACAUUAUGUCAUGAUAUACGAUUACGCCAGGAGGAAACCUCACGAGGUGAAAACGGAGGAAGACUGGAGAGGUCAUCUGGGUGGAAUGUACUAUCUGAUGCAUGCCUUGCAAAACAAUAUACAUGCCUGUCGGGAAGGUAUAGUCCACAUUUGUGAAUGUGAAGGAAUGGGAUGGGAGAAUUUCUCCUACGAGGGGGUGACACGGAACUUUUCUCAUCUCUACGAGAAUUAUCCGAUGAAACACAAGGAACUCAGUUGGUUGAGAACGCCCAUGGUAGGUAACAUUCUUUAUUCCUUCAUAAAACCCAUGCUGGGCCCAGAGGUUGUGCGAAAGUUUCAUCUGGGCUGCACAUUCAAUGGCUACGAUGGACGGUUGGACGAGAUCUUUUUGACGCCCAAUGCCGAGGUUGCCAAACAAAAUCUGUUGCAAAAAGUACACGGCCUUCUCAGUGUACGAUAUCAGGUGGAGCAAGCCUACAAAUUGCCCGACUUGCCACUAGAUAUUGGUCUGGAGGAAGAUGACGACGACGAAGAGGAUGACGAAGAUUUCAUGGAUGACGAGUAGCUAGCUGGUGGUGAAAAGGGAGACUUUGAACAACACGAUCCCGCUAUGCAACUGCGCAAAAAAGGUUGUAGACAAUUUGUAGCAACAGCCAGGAGAAAACAAUCCAUUCCUUCAUAUCAUGGCAAUGCUGACCAUGAGGGCCUUCGAUGGGCGCUAUCUGAGUCGGACACAAAGUUUGUCCGUCCACCAUGGUGCUCGCCGGUUGGGGCCCGCUAUUCGUUCCAACCUAUCCCAGUAACUGAUAACUAGCACUGUAUCUGGCCUUUUCCCAAG